AGUAUGGUCGCUGCUCUCGGUGGGGUUGAGGGAGGUUGUUUGUAGGCGCGGGCCAAAAGCUGAGCGCACGCUUUUUUUCUGAUACACAAGCGAAGACCACUAGCUUGCUUUAGCGUUAUGAGUAAACCGCUGUUUAGUGCUUUGCUACCGUUCACGACGCGUUAAUUUGGAAGCUGAAGUGAACCGAGCAAGGUGCAGAUGAAGAAGAGAGGAUGCUGGAAUGAGUGACGAAACACAGCAAACAUCAUGAUGGAGUCUCACUUCAAUACAGCAUCACUGUUUUGCCGCUGCUUUCGCGCUUUAAAGUCGCAGUUUGUAAGGCUUAAUAUCGAUAUUUAAGAAGGAGUAUUGGCGCUUUUGCUUUCGGACUGCUUGUAAAGCCGUUGUUUUGUUUGUGUUGGUAGUUAACCGUUUUAAUCGAUGCUCUGGAAUAAUCGCGCUGAGUAAGAGGAAGCCUUUCCUGGUUGAUAUAAUUAACGUACUUGCUGUAUAGGGUACAUUGAGUACUGUAGGAUCUUGUACAUAGAAUAAGUCAGCUGACUACUCGAGCCAUGGACUGUGUUAUAAUACGAGUUAAAGUUGAACGUGAACUCUUGAGCUUUGACGUUGACAUCAUGGAUAGACGCGGCUGAUUUUCAUCGAACAGGUGUCUCUUUAGUGUUUAUCCAUGACUCUGCCAUAUGCUGAUGGAACAGAAGGUCCUCAAUAAGUCCCCCAUGGUGUCCAGACUGCCAAAAUUUGGUGCCCGUCCUGUCAGUGGUACCCCAUCAUCCCUUCCCAAUGGUACAGCCCAGGCUGUGGUCACACAAGAGGGUAAGAAUCCCCCUGUCAGGCCAAAUGGAGUAGUCAGAGCCUCCUCCUUUUCCAUGAAAUGGAAAAAGGAAAAUGGUGGCUCAUUGGACACUUUAAACCCACUCGAAGGCACAAUACUAGAAGAGAAGAAAGAACCUAGGUCUCUACAGUCUCCAGGAAGUAAGGAGUUAAAAAGCCCUUCUACUCCUGCAUUUAAAGUGCGCAGGUCAGCCUCGUCAUUAUCCAGUGGAAGCCCCAAACCUGUACCCAAAUCCUCUAAAUCCAUCCAAAGUCCUAAACCAAAGCCCAAACACUCUCAGAUCUUGACAACCUCUAAAAGUCAGGACAUAUCCCAACAAAAGCCAACUCAAAAUGGAACUGCAUCUCUGGGGUCUUCACCAGGGCAAGCCAUCUCUUCAGGGCUCCAGCGACCGAGGACAAACUCUAGCUCUUCGCGAAGCACCUCUAGCUUAUCCCAAUCCAACGACAGCCUCUCAAAACAUUCGGUCGUGCCUGACCACAUGGUGCGCUCUCAGAGCUUCACCCACUUUAAACAAUUACCAUCGCCAACAUCUGCUCCCAUGACGCGCUCCUUCUCCUUCAACAAGGCUGUGGAGCUAGCCAAGCCACUAGCUAAUACCCAGCUGCGUCCUCCACGAACACUUGGACUCAAAUCUCCACUGAUCCUCAGCAAGGGCCGACCAAUGCUUGGUUUGGGGGCACUGGGAUUUGGAAAGGGCUUAACAGACAGACUACCUGCUGGGACUCCCUCUUCAGACAGCUUAACGCCGCCUAAUUCCACAAAAAGGCAGCUUUUACCUAACUCUGUGCUGACAAAACCCUCGUUACAAGCCUACAGGCUAAGUCGACCAAUUGCUGCCAAACCGCAGUGCCCUCCAGUGGUUAGGAGAAGCCCUGUGGAAAGUGACAUUAUAACUCCUCCGCUCACACCAGAGCAGCUCCACCGUGCCACAAAAAACGUUUCAGCUUUUACUGAUUCCCCAGAGGAGCCUGUUACAGAGCUGAGCCUGAAUGGGACCCUUCACUACACUGGGGAGGGAGCUGAGGACAUGUCUCUCUCCUCUGCAUCAUCUCUGGAGAGAAAUGACACCAGUGAGGAGUUCCUAGAUGACUUUGAAAACCUAGGGGACCAGUCGCAAAAUGGUCUCCUGCAGAACAAAAAUCCUGUGGCCACAGCCACCCGGAUACGCAUGCAGAGCUUCUUGAAUGAGACCAUGGACUGGGCUGGGAUUGGGCUGGCAGGUGGUAAGGCAGAUAUGCAGAGUGCUCCACUACGUGGUCCACCGCUCAUGUCCCCUGAAGUGGACCGCCAUGCGGUCUCUUCUCUGGAGCUCUCACCCUCUAACAGCUCUGGAGGGACAUACAUGUGGGAUGAGGAGGGCAUGGAGCCACUGGGACACAACACACACAUGCACCACUGCAGCAGUUUUGAGUCAGACCUCAACAGCGUCGACAUUCUGAACAACCUGGAUAAUACUGGCCCAUGUGACCUGGAAGAUGAUGACCUCAUGCUUGAUGUAGAUCUGCCAGAAGAUGCAGCAUUACUCAAUGAAGGAAUGGCCCACUUCGAGCACUCUGAGAGGGGAGGCCGGCCGGCUCAAUGGAGGAGGAGGCAGCAGAGGUGGAGCGGAGCAGAUCAUACUCAUAAUGACAACAGGCUGGCCGGGUUUCAUUACGAUGCCUGUCGUACAGGCCAUCGAACCCUCCAUCCUGCAGUUCAGCAUGACAGUCACACAGUGGCGCUAGAUGAGCUCACUCUCAAGCACAUGACAGAAGACUGUUCCUCUGUCAAAUCACAGCUGCUUAAACUCAAGAGUCUGCUGCAGAUGGAUGAUGGUGAGAUUACUCCAGAGAGUUUGGAUUCCAGCGAAGAUGACAGCAGAACCCAGCAGAUGGAGGAGCUGAUGAAGGAGGUGGCUCGUCUCAGAGAAGAGCUGAAAAAUAAAGAUAAAAUCAUCACACGGCUCACUCAUCAACAGCAUCAGGAAUCGCCAGUGAGAUGUCACUGUCAUCAGCAUAAGCCCGGGGUCAGAGGUGAGAGGAGAACACAUCAUGAUAAAUCCACUCAGACGGUGUGGCGACCACCCCAUCAUCACCCUGCUCCUCAAAUACUUCAGCCCAUCAGUCACAUCCCCAACGAGCCCCUCAUCCAGGAAAAACUAGCAAGAACAGUCCCCACAGGGGGCCGCAGUGAUGCCUGCACCGAAGGUGAACAGCCACCCGCGCCCCGUCCUCCAGCCCCCUGUGCCCAUCCAAUUCUGCCUCCUGCUAGAGACCCUCGUGUGGAGUCGAAAUCUCUGCCUGACCCAGAGGAGAUGAGUCGGUUGCUUAGCACCCACCUUCGCAUACAAGACAUCAAUGAGAGUGACUCACCGGGGGCUGGAGAACAGAUUGCGAGAUCGACCCUAGAAAGCCAUCAAAACAAACUGCUGCAAACACCUCACCCCCUGUCCCUCUUCAGCCCUCGUGUCCUGCAGCCUCCACGUCUACACAGACGGGUAACACUCUCUUCUCUGCCUGUAGGGGGCUGUAGUGGGUCAAACCCAAAAUCUAGACUCUCAGUGAACUACAAGGCCCAGCAGCAGCAGCUUCCUCCUUCUCCGUCCAGAGGUUUGCCAUGCUUCAGUGCAGAAAACCACAUCAUGCUGCAUGGCCAGCCCUCCCAGGCUUGGCCAGUAGUAAUCAGGAGAGAAGCUAACCCAGAACACAACGCUUCAGUAUCGCUUGGUAUCUCCACAAGACUCGCAAAGCCAAAGAUCCACUGAGUGUCAGCUGCAGCCAUAGACACUGAUAAGGCUACCUCCCUAAACGCAUGAUCACACAUGCGGCUUGCACUAGAUGGUGUUUUUAGUGGCUAGACAACAUUUUAAGCUAAAGCAGCUAAAGUUUUGCUUCUAACUAUGCAACAAAAAAGUGUCACAAUCAGUCUUCUGUUGCACAGAAGCAUUGCACCUAAAAGUCAUUGAUCUUCAUUCCACUUCACCACUCAUCUUCCAUAUUCACCAUAAUGAAUUGACAAAUGAAGAUGGACAGAAAUUCAGGCUGAAAAGCAGAGAAAACGCAGCAGAUUAGUCUUUGUUUUAUUGAUGCUAAACAAACGUCAAAGACAACGUGUGUGCAGUGCCAUUGACUGCCUGUGGAGCUUAUUUGAGACCCUCAUUGUCUGGAUGUUUUCCCUUGCGCCGUGCCCUCUGGACGCCCACUCAUUUAGUGGGUGAAUCUGACAUUUACAUCACCGACCUCCUGAGGUUUUACUGCAAAACACAUAUUAUUGUCUACGCAGCCUCCUAGAGCCUGUCUUAAGAAUGGAGUGAGUCAGUACAUCACAUGACUCAAGUCUCCUCUUCAAUUUUCACAGGAAAAGCUGUCAUUCUGCUGAGAUUUGGUGUGUUUGUGUAUUAGUUCAUGCUUCAUUUCACAUCCACAUCUGAGUUCACCACAUAAACCAGUCCAGGCUCUCGGUUAUUGUUUUUUCCCCCUCAUUCGUUCAUCUUGUUUGUCAGUGCAACAAGUCUCUAUGACCUACAGACACAGUGUUUUGGCAGGAGAGCACACAUUCUGCUGUCUGCGCUUCCUUUAUUUUCACCUUGGCUUCAGCAGAUUUUCAUUUAAACCUCAUGCCUCCUGUAUCAACGAGGUUCUUUUUGUUGAUUAUGGAUUAUGGCAUGCUUAGAGUUUUAACUUGCUUUUUCACCUCUCAUUAGUCACGCACACAACUGUUAUGAGGCUUUUAAAUUAUUUAUACGCUAUAAAGAUGUUUACAGUUGCCUUUAUUAGGCUGUUCGGUCUGUUUCAAUUCUGCAGGAACUUGUUUGCCUUGUCUUUGGCAGAGAAACACUCUUGCUGAGAUACUUUAAAUGUGCAACACUUGAUGUACACACUUGAUGAAGUUCUUAGUUUUUGGAAAUGUUGUUGCACUAACUAUUUUUUGGCUCUGCGAGACAUGAAUUAUUAAAGACACAUGGUAAUAUUUUAGUUAAAAUUCUGAAGAUAGAUGCUUUGGACUGUUUGUCCAGUGCAAGUUGCUUUUGAUGUCCAUAUUGGCCACAGUAGAUGUUUUCUUGGAUAUUCAGGAUGAUUUUUCUUUAGGGAGCACUGCAAAAAAUGCGUUUCUUACUUACAUUUUUUGUCUUUUUUCUAGUCCAAAUAUCUAAAAAUUCUUAUAUCAAGAAGCACUUUGGAGGUAAGAAAAACUUAAGUCUUGUUUUGAGAAAUAAAAUGCCAAUAUUAAGUGAGUUUUUCCUUUUAAACAAGCAAAAUAAUCAGCCAAUGGGGUAAGCAAAAUAAUUUAGUUUUUCCUUUUGACAUAAGAUUGCUUACCCCAUUGGCAGAUUAUUUUGCUUGUUUUAAGGAAAAACUUUCUUAAUUUUGCCAUAAUAUCUUGAAACAAGACAAUAUGUUUUGCUUGCUAAAAAAUUCUUCUUGAUUUAAGAAUUUUUAGAUAUUUGGAUUAGAAACAAGACAAAAAAUCGAAGUAAGAAGAGCAUUUGUUUGCAGAGUUUUUCAUAACUCUUCUUAUCUUUUCAAAUAUUGGUCAAAUGUGAGUUUUUGUGCUUUUGGCAUGCCUUGAUACAUAAUACUCACUAAUAUACAGAUAUACAACAAGAUCAACUGCAUGGAAGCACAUACAUUUUCCAUAUUAUGAUUUCAAAUCCCGCUUCAAGUCCUCCUUAGUGCUUGUGUGCAAUAUAUAUGUAUCAGAGUGUAUGUACUUAUCAGUAUAUACAAGAACUUCACCUUAUAGCUUCCCCGCAAAACUUCAGUCUGAAAUGAAAAUGAUUUACUGCCAUCUUCUCACCACAUGAGGGGUUUUGGGUUUUACACCGCAAUCUCACGUGGGCCACAUACUUCUGGACACACCUUAAGCAGAGAUGGGUAGCCAUGUCUAAAACCAACUAAAGAAAAUCAAUAGAAGGAUAUUUGUGUGUGUGUGUGUGUCGUUCGCUCUCACCCAGCUCUGUGGUUAUACUAAGCAGAAAAUCAAUGGAGGGCUUGUUUUGUAAUGCUCUGGAGACACUUUGUUUGUGUUUCUCUCUCACUUUCUGUCUCUCAUUGUGCCCGUGUACGUGUGCAGGAGGAGAGGUCCCACUGUAGACUUGCUAAUUUAAAGUCACAGAAGUACAUUGAUUCUGUCCGUCAUGGGCAGAGGUGAAUCGCUGGUGUCAAUGAGGUGCCCGUUUACAGCCAGGAGCAUCUUCUCUUUCAUUAGUUGAUUAAUAAGACAGAAAUGUAAAAAGAAAAGUAACAUCCCUAAAGACAUGGUUUAAUUGGAAUUUAAAAUUGAAACCAAAAAAAUGUGUUUGAAAUUAUUACCCUUCUGUCUUUUUACAAAAUGUCUUUGCCCAUGCGAUGAUGGUGAGAAAAAAAACCCAGUCUGAUUAAAAGUUAAACAGCAUGUUUUGGAUCACAUAAACAUUCACUGAAUAAAGAAAAAAGUUGAUAUAAAAUGUUCAAAAUUCUGUUCAUACUGUUAAAAGACUCUCAAGAAUAUCUGCAGACACAAAGAUGCCAUUAACAAAUAACUGCUGCAGUCCUGCAAUGUGAAAACCCUUCAUCAAAAACAAGUUAAAAGCGCAAUUAAAACACUAGCUGUCCGUUUUCCGAAUAACUCAAAUAAAUGCACUCAUACAAAGACCUGGUAUAAAAAACAUUUACAUGUAUGACUUGCUGCCCAUGUGUGCGUUUCCUAUUCACUGGGAUAUUUUUUACCUAGCAUGAAAAUGUUUAAAGAAAAAGGGCACUUGCCAUCCUUUAAAAAAAAUAAAUAUAUAUAUUUUCCACAGACUUCAUGUCUUGCCAUGUUUUUUCACCUGUUGUGACCCCAUUGUAUGUGGCAUUAUUAGAAAACAACCACCGCUCCAUUAUAGCUUCAUGAAAAUAACAGCUGCCAACCUGUUUGUGUUCACAGAAAAGAUGUGUACUAACAGAGGAAUGAAUUCAAGCACUUUAAAUGACCCGUUUCAACCUCCAUGACGGAGGUAUUGGUAAUUUUUCUUUUUUGUUUGUUUUUUUGACCUGAUCUGUUGAUUUGCUAUCAUUUUAUUGUGGCAACUUCUUUUUUUUGUGCAUCUUAAUGUUUUGUCCUUGUGUGUCCUGGUUCAGUGGAAGGUGUGAUACUUUAAUAAAGUGAAGAAGUAUGA